AACACUGGGCUACGAAUAGUGAGUAGACAUUUCUGCUGGUUUUGUGUUUCCUUCAUCAAAUUUGGCCUUUCUUUCGCGAUCGUCUUGAUCUUCUUGAUUAUCUACCGCCAGAUAUUCCUUUGUGAUGAAUCACGUAAUUACAGAGCUUCGGUAACCUGUUCCUGCGUCCGUGACGUCACCAGGGUCAGCUGACGUCACUUGGCAACAACAGACGAUGCCACUGAAAACCAAGAUGACUUUGCGAAGGCUAGCUGGGUUGAUGACGUCACUAUUCCUGGUUGGAUUCAGCUACGUCAUUUUUCGGACGGAUAAGCUUUUCAUCAGACGAAAGUACAGCUGGUUGCUAGACAACAGAUACCCGUUGCUUCAGCAUCAGCUGUCGCUUGCAGGGGGCCCAGGACGGAGCUCUGAGAGACACGCGUUCCUACACUUAAACAGCACAGAACGUCCUGGUAUUACAACAGAACUGCUACAAAAUGCCACAGUAAAAGCAACAGACGAACCUGCGCCGUUGAAGAAUCCAAUACCUCCGGUUGAACCCCCGGUGCCCUUUGACCGGGUCAACCGCCUCAGGGGUUACGUCGGAGUACCGAACGCUACCAGGCAACUGAGCCUUCGCUGUCGCGUGUGUGCGCUGGUCUCCAACUCUGGUCAGCUCCUGAAAUACGAGGCUGGGAACGAGAUCGACCAGGCCGAUUGCGUCAUCAGGAUGAACGACGCUCCCGUCCUGGGAUUCCAAAAGCAUGUCGGGAGUAAAACCACCCUGCGCGUCUCAUGUUUCCAGACCUUGUACCUGGUUCCAUCCAGGGGGAGUCUCUACGGAAAUUAGGGAAAAUCCGCGCUGCUGGGAUGGGGGCCAGCUCAAGACAUGGACACUAAGACGGGAAAGGCGCACAAUAAGUUAAAGCUUGUGAGCGUGAUGAACAGAGACUUGGAUGUCUACGAGCUGACCCAGGAGAGAAUGGGCUACAGCGGCGAUGUUUGGAAGAAAGAGACGGGAAAAUCACUGGUUGCUUCUGGUACCUGGCUCAGCACGGGUUGGUUCAGCAUGCUGGUUGCCAUGGAGAUGUGUGACGUCAUCAAAGUUUACGGAAUGAGCAGCGAGGACUACUGCAGGACCCAUGCAAACGACACGACGCAGUACCACUACUAUGUAAGCACACUGAAGGAGGUGGGGCCACACCUCAAGGAGUGUGACUUCUACAACCGGCAUCAAAGAGUUCCAAACGGCGCCCACCGAUUCUUUACGGAAAAGUCGAUUUUUGCACGAUGGGCACCUUUUCAUAACAUCACGUUUCACUACCCUUCUUGGAGUCCAUAAUGAUGUCACUCGCUAGGUGGCGCCUCAUCACAACAUCGCGUUUCACUACCCUUCUUGGAGUCCAUAAUGAUGACACUCGCUAGGUGGCGCCUCAUGACAACAUCACGUUUCACUACCCUUCUUGGAGUCCAUAAUGAUGACACUCGCUAGGUGGCGCCUCAUCACAACAUCACGUUUCACUACCCUUCUUGGAGUCCAUAAUGAUGACACUCGCUAGGUGGCACGUCAUCUUUUACCACCCUUGAUGAGAACGACCCAUAAAACGACGCGUCGCGGAUACCGUAAUAAUUGAGACAAUGCUUCGUUUACAUAGAGGGAGAGAACGUCGGUAUUAUGUGCAGAGUAAACAAUUUAAUCUGUGCUAACUUUGUAACAUACUAAACUAUCAGACUGCCAAAGCCCAGAACACACGCUCAAAGGAAAAGAAAAUCAAAGGAAAAGAAAAGGUUUGUGUAAUGAAUGUAAAGCACAUCCAUGGAACGGAUUGAAAUUGUAAAGCAAUAGCUUUUUUACCCCAUCUCAGGUAGUCUUUUAUGACGUGUGAAUUCCAUGUACAUGUGUGGUUUGUAUAUGUUGCUGUGUGUCAAGAUUGUGUCCCGUUAUGUUUGUUGAUAAGGACCACAGGAAGCUCUACAAUGUACUUGUAUAUUUAUUGUUAAGCCAAUUGUGGAUGUUAAUUAAGUAUACAAGAUUCAUUCAAUAUGCAUUUCCAUCUUCCGUUCAGAUGGCUUCAGAAAUAAAUAAAAUCAAAU